AUGAUGGACGAAGUCGGCAAGCAAAUUAGGGUGUCGUUCAUGAACUCGAAGUGGCUGGACAACGAUACCAAGAAACGAGCGGUGAAGAAAUUGUCUCUCGUGAUCAGGCUUCUAGGGUAUCACUACGACAUGAUGUCACCCCAAGAGUACGACAUUUACUUGAAAUAUGUUCCUGACAUGAAGGGAGUGUACAUACAGAAUAUUCUCGAUGCUUCCAAAGGACAAGCCAAACAUUAUUGGGGGGCAUGGAAGCCCAAUGCCCUCAAUUUGUCCAUUCACCAGCAGACAGUUUCCAUACCACUGUACGCCGUGAAUGGCGUAAAUUUCGGUGGUUUAAACAUGAUAUUUGUGCCUGCGGCAUCAUUCUACCGUCCACUGUUCACUUACGGUGGUCCUCCGGAACUCAAUUACGCCGGUGUAGGCCACAUAAUAACGCACGAAAUAAUGCACAGCUUCGACAACAAUGGUGUUUAUCGCAAUGGUUAUGGUGAUGUGGACCCGUGGUUUACGAAUCAAAGUAUCGAAGCCUUUGGAAACUUGCAAGUCUGUUAUUCAGAUCAAAUUGAUCGUGCACCAAGAGCUCGGGCGUUCCUUGACUACCCCCACGAAUACCUAGCAGACACACUGGCCAUGGAAUCUCUUACGAGGGCCUACCAGAAAGCGUCUGCCAUUUCAAAGGUCACCCUGGGUAACGUCAAGGGGCUAACAAGUGAUCAGCUGUUUUACAUAACGGGGUGCCUUAUGUGGUGCGGUGUUCCUAGCCUGGUGAAAAGCGGAACCCAUCCUGAUCUGGACGAAAGGUGUAACGUACCGUUCGUAAACUCUGAACACUUCAGUGAAACUUUUUCGUGUCGCCCUGAUGCACCCAUGAAUCCGUCAAAAAAGUGCCGCUUCUUUUAG